CAGAAAAUGUAGAGAUCCCAGCCUGUGAGAUGGCUCAGCAGAUAAAGGCACUUGCCCUCAACACUGAUGACCUGAGUUCUAUCCCUGGGAAUCAGUGGCAGAAAGAAGUGACUUCUCGGACUAGGUGGGCUUUGCCCGGAGGCAGGGGACUGGCCACGGAGGACAGCGGGGCAGGAAGGAGAGGCCCCGAGCGGAGAAGGCGGGACGCGCGGGCUGACCCGGCGGCUUGAACUGGGGCGCCGCCCCUGCGUCUCCGCGCACACCCGGAAGCCGCGCGCAGCGGAGCGGGGCCAGUGUGUGGCCGCCAGGACCCAGCCUAGAAGCCUCUCAGUGGGUGGUAGACAUUCGUGGAAGGACUCCUGGAGGCGAGAUGGCAGCUGGGCAGAAUGGGCAUGAAGAGUGGGUAGGCAGCGCAUACCUGUUUUUGGAGUCUUCGAUGGACAAGGUGGUCCUGUCUGAAGCCUACACAGAUCCCCAGAAAAAGGUGGCCAUAUACCAGGCCCUGCAGACUGCACUGUCAGAGAGUGCGGACAGCCCUGACGUACUGCAGAUACUCAAGAUCCAUUGCAGCGACCCGCAGCUCAUCGUGCAAUUGCGUUUCUGCGGGCGCCUGCUGUGCGGCCGUUUCCUUCAAGCCUACCGCGAGGGGGCGCUGCGCGCCGCGCUGCAGAGGUGCAUGGCCUCCGCACUUGCCCUGGAAGCCGUGCGGCUGCAAUUGGAGUUGCAUGCUGGCGCAGAGCAGCUGGACACUUGGCUGACCGACGAGGAGCGCUGUUUGAAUUACAUCUUAGCCCAGAAGCCGGACCGGCUCCGGGACGAGGAACUCGUGGAACUGGAGAAGGAGCUGGGCAAGCUGACGUGCGACUGCACUGGCCAGGGUGGAACCAUACAGGUUGACUCAGCCGCUUCUAAGUCCCUGGUUCCCUCUCCGGCCAAGGAGAAGCCACUGCCGGCGGCCUGCCAAACUUUUCUGUUCCAUGGUCAGCCCAUAGUGAACCGGCCACUGACUCUGCAAGACCAGCAGACGUUCGCUCGCUCAGUGGGCCUCAAAUGGCGCAGGGUGGGGCGCUCGCUGCAGCGUAGCUGUCGAGCACUGAGGGAUCCUGCUCUCGACUCGCUGGCCUAUGAGUAUGAGCGAGAUGGGCUAUAUGAGCAGGCCUUCCAGCUUCUGCGCCGCUUCAUGCAAGCCGAGGGCCGCCGUGCCACGCUGCAGCGCCUGGUGGAGGCGCUGGAGGAGAACGAGCUCACCAGUCUCGCAGAGGAUCUGCUAGGCCAGGCGGAGCCGGAUGGCGGCCUGGCCUAGGUCUGGUUCUGUGGGGAGGGCGGUCAACCAGCAGUUGAGCCAGGGUUUGGACCCCACCGGUGGCUGUUGGGGUCUUUUUACUGCUGCUCUUGCUACUGCUGACCACUUUCCAUCCACUGGACUUGCCCACUUUGCUGAGCUGCUGGAGCGGAACUGACUGCCUUCCUCAGGAGCCAGGCAAGCACCACGGAACUUCAGGGGUACAUCACUGAGGAUUCUACCCCAGAUUCUUUGAUGGAGACAGUGUAGAUGUCUCUGUCUUCCCAUCCUAAAAGAGGACUUCCUGAAAAAACUCACCAAGUACCUGGACCUUCUGAGGUCUAGAUGUCUGUCAUUCAAGGUGCUGUAAAUACUGUUGUGAUCAGGAUGCAAGAAUCUUUCCUGUCCGUGUCUCAUACUCAACGUGGGACCGAAGCACUUUGCAACGAUAAUAAAAUGCAACCCUUUUACAGAC